GGUGAGCGCGGUGCGGGGACGUGUCGGGUGGGCUGGGGGGCCCGUGCCCCGGCUUGGGCGAGCUCAGCCGUUGCCCCGGUCUCCGCAGGCCCCUCCCCGCGCGGUCAGGAGGAGCGUCCUUGCGGUCCCCCUGCGCGCAGCUCCUGACCAGCCUGAGGAGGGGCCGGCCCAAGAUUGAAAGCCGGGUGUCUGGGACCCACGGCUGGCAGGUGGCGGGUGCACAUACAGCGGAGUGGAACGCUGUGCGAGAAGGAAUGGUGCUUUCCAGGCCUGCUCUUUUGCCGUCCACAAGGCCCGUAAUGCUCUGAUUUGAUGAGGCUCACACUCCGACAGCUAAAAUAUAUUUUUGUGGUUGGCCUGGGAGCCAAGCAGGUGUGGCAGUUCUGCAGCUGAGGCACCUGCCCCAAAAGCGCAAGACGACUCCUUCCUCCAGUGGUUCCUGCUUGUUAUUCCUGUGACUGCCUUUGGCCUGGGGACAUGGCAGGUCCAACGUCGAAAGUGGAAGCUACAGCUGAUCGCAGAGCUGGAGUCUAGAGUUGCGGCCGAGCCCAUCCCCCUGCCAGCAGAAUGCAUUGUUCCUGAGGGAUCCCCCACAGUGCUGAUGGGCCCCCUGUAGCAGUAAUCGGUACCUGCCCAAUGGAACUGAAGAAUCUGGAGUACAGGCCAGUGAAGGUCAGGGGGCACUUCGACCACUCCAAGGAGCUGUACAUGAUGCCUCGGACCAUGGUGGACCCUGCCCGGGAGGCCCGGGAGGCCGGCCGUCUCUCUUCCUCGCCCGAGACUGGUGCCUACGUCAUCACCCCUUUCCACUGCACUGACCUGGGAAUCACCAUCCUGGUAAAUAGAGGGUUUGUCCCCAGGAAGAAGGUAAAUCCUGAUACACGGCAGAAAGGCCAGAUUCUGGGAGAAGUAGACCUAGUUGGGAUGGUGAGGCUGACAGAAACUAGAAAGCCCUUUGUCCCGGAGAACAAUCCAGAAAGGAACCACUGGCAUUACCGGGACCUGGAGGCCAUGGCCAGGCUCACGGGCGCAGACCCCAUCUUCAUUGACGCAGACUUCCAGAGCACAGUCCCUGGAGGACCCAUUGGAGGCCAAACGCGAGUCGCUCUGAGGAAUGAGCACAUGCAGUACAUCAUCACCUGGUAUGGACUCUGUGCAGCUACAUCCUACCUGUGGUUUAAGAAAUUCCUACGUCGGACUCCUGGUGUGUGAGAUUAAGCUGAUGAGCUGAAGGGCUGCUAUAAUCAGGGAGUCACUGAUUUCUGAGCUUUGUUUUUAUAUGGGAUCCGGUACAGUUGGUAUAAAUAAAUCUCUACACCUGUUGUUUGCCUGCC